AUUCUCAUUUGUAGAAGGGCCGAAAGUAAACUUUUAAAACAUAUUUUGAGCAUUAUAAACAUGGCAGACGUCGAUACAGCUGAAAAGGAUGCGGACAAUAUUAUACGCAUAAUGGUAGCCACUGACAAUCAUUUAGGCUACGCUGAGAAGGACACCGUACGCGGCGAAGAUAGUUUUACGGCGUUUGAGGAAAUACUUGAACUGGCAGUGUCCGAGGAUGUGGACAUGAUAUUGCUAGGAGGUGACUUAUUUCACGAUUCAGUGCCUAGCCAAAAUUCGAUGUACAAAUGCAUUGAAUUGCUGAGGCGCUAUACGUUUGGGGACAAGCCCGUAUCGUUGGAGAUAUUAAGUGAUCAGUCUCAUUGUUUCCACAACGCCGUCAACCAGUCGGUUAACUAUGAGGAUCCAAAUCUGAAUAUUUCUAUACCAGUGUUUUCUAUACAUGGCAAUCAUGACGAUCCCAGUGGUUUCGGUCGAUUAAGCUCCUUAGAUUUGCUUAGCUCAACGGGCUUGGUGAACUACUUUGGACGCUGGACUGAUCUUACUCAGUUGGAGAUUAGUCCGAUUCUCAUGCGCAAGGGCGAAACAAAGUUGGCACUGUAUGGACUUAGUCACAUUCAUGACGCUCGCUUGGUGCGUAUCUUUACGGACUUUCAAGUGACCAUCAAUUGUCCCAAAGAGUCUGAGGAAGAUUGGUUCCAUUUGAUGGUUGUGCACCAGAACCGUGCAGAUCGUGGGCCCAAGAACUAUCUGCCCGAGGAGCUUUUGCCUGCGUUUCUAAACUUGAUUAUUUGGGGUCACGAACACGAUUGCCGCAUUGACCCUGAAGUGAAUGCUUUGCGUGAUUUCUACGUUUCCCAGCCGGGCUCUUCGGUGGCCACCUCCCUGGCUAAGGGAGAGUCGAUUAAAAAGCACGUGGGUCUACUGGAGAUAUACAAAACUAAGUUUCAUCUCAAGCCACUGCCGCUGCAAACUGUGCGCCCCUUUAUAUUUGAUUCUAUUGAUAUUGAUAGCAUAGCUACAAAAUUGAAUCUAAAGCAGGGCGAUGCCUCUAUAAAGGUAUGUGAUUUCGCCAAAAACCGUGUCGAGGCCAUGAUCGAGGAGGCCAAAAGCUUGCUAACGGGACACCCAAAACAACCGACGCUGCCGCUGAUACGCCUACGUCUGCGUUACACUGACGAGACGCACAUGUUCAAUACUAUUCGAUUUGGCCAAAUGUUUAGCACACGUGUUGCUAAUGUGGCGGACGUUGUAAAGUUUGAGAAGCUAACCAAACGAGCGAAUAAGGAUAAGAUUAAUGUAGACAGGGAUGCUAUGCAGCGCGUAAUGGAGGUAGACAACACGGCGCGCGUCGAGGAAUUGGUAGAUCGUUAUUUUGAGGAAGUCAAGGAUAAAAAUCCGCUCAAGCUGCUACACUCAAAGGCGUUGGCGGAGGUUACCUAUCGCAUGGUAGAGCGCUCCGACAAUAAUGCAGCGGAUCAUAUUUUCAAGUUUUACAAUGAAAAGGCCGUUGAACAUUUAAUGGAAACGCUGCCCUCUAUUGAGAAUAUAAAUGAUGAACUUGAGAAUUUUAGGCUGCGGUAUAAGGCGGAUGAUCUACUUAAAAUGCUAGAUGCUUCUGAUCUCAAGACAGGUGCAUAUGCUUCUACUGCUGGCAGCAAGACGAUUAAUAAAGAUGCGAAUUCGUCUCUUGCGCCAAAGCCAUCUACUGCCAAGGCUUCUGGGCGCGGUGCUAGUCGAGUAGGUGCCGCGCGUGGUCGAGGAACAGCUGCGUCUACUAGUGUAGCAACAACUCCCGCUAAGCCUAAAUUGAAUGUGUCCGUUAACACAAGAAAUUCAUCGAACGAACCACAAGGGCUUAUGGACGCCUAUAACAAGGGCCGUAGAAAUAAAGGCAAAGUAGUCUACGUUGUAUCUGAUGAUUCCGACUAACAGACGGCUCGCUACUAAUAAUCAGUUUCAAUUAUUCUACAUGCAUUCGACGUAAUUACCAAAAAAAAAAAAAAAAAAACUGGAAAUACUCGCAAUACGUGUUGGCUAUUCUGUUGCGUCUACUUUAUAUAUAAAGAACAAUCAGUUUAUUACGUACUUUGGAAAUAUAUGUGAAGACCGAAU